ACGUCCCCCGCACCACCACCCCACCCCAUCCUUCCACCAGCACCCCCUCCUGUCCUCCUCCUCCUCCCUCCGCCCCCUGCCCCCCCGAUCAAGCCACUGGUUUUUGUGUACUAUUGGUCCUCAGGCGUCAAAACAAUCCAGCGGGGCUGCCUGACUUGUUUUAAUUAGGCAGCGCUGAAACGGCAACUGUCUCUCAGACGUGACCAGGCAGAGGUGCUCUCCCCGCGCACUACUGUAAAUACGGCCGUAAAUACUUCUCUGGUGAUGUCUUUGACAGUAAGCGCCAGCUAGUUGCCCUCUCUACAUUUUUUCCCCCCCUCACUUUUCAUUCUGUUUUCUGCGACUGUCCCUCCAGUUUUUUUUUUUUUUUUUUGCUUGUGCUUUUUUUUUGUUUUGUUUUUUGUUUUUUGACACAGUAUUGCCGUCAGGUUUCUAAGAAUACUUCUUCAAAUGCUUCUUACCGAGGAGAGUGGAUUUCUCCCUCGUUGUUUAAAAGGCUCUACAAGCAGCGAGGCAAUUACUCUUGCAGCAGCCAGGCAGUGGCCUGAAAUCUCCAAAGAGCCAGGACAAGCAGCGUCCACUGCAGGUUCCAGUGUCAGUGGCCAUGAUGAGUCCCCAAGUGAUCACGCCACAACAGAUGCAGCAGAUCCUCCAGCAGCAGGUUCUUUCCCCACAGCAGCUCCAGGCUUUGCUCCAGCAGCAGCAGGCAGUGAUGCUGCAGCAGCAACACCUGCAGGAGUUUUAUAAGAAACAGCAGGAGCAGCUUCAUCUGCAGCUUCUCCAGCAACAGCACCCCGGCAAGCAGGCUAAAGAGCAACAGCAGCAGCAGCAGCAGCAGCAGCUGGCCGCCCAGCAGCUCGUCUUCCAGCAGCAGCUCCUGCAGAUGCAGCAGCUCCAGCAGCAGCAGCACCUGCUUAACAUGCAGCGGCAGGGCCUGCUCUCGCUGCCCGGGCCCGCUCCAGGCCAGGCCGCCCUGCCCGGACAGACCCUGCCCCCACCAGGUGGCUUGAGCCCCGCGGAACUCCAGCAGCUGUGGAAGGACGUGACCGGAGGUGGCGGCGGCGGUCACACCAUGGAGGACAACGGCAUCAAACACAGCAGCGGCGGAGGCGGCAUCGGCAGCGCCAACACCGGGACCGGCGUGGUCAGCAGCGGUUUAGACCUCUCCACCAACAACUCCACUUCAACUACCUCCUCCUCCAAUCCUGCCAAAGCAUCGCCGCCCAUCUCGCACCACGCCAUCACCAACGGACAGUCGCCCAUCCUCAACCACAGACGAGAGCGGGAAAGGGAGCGCGAGAGCUCACUUCACGAAGAAAGCGCAGGAACCCACCCCCUGUACGGUCAUGGUGUGUGCAAGUGGCCUGGCUGUGAAAACAUGUGUGAGGACUUUGGACAGUUUUUGAAGCACCUAAACAGCGAGCACGCUCUCGAUGACAGAAGCACAGCCCAGUGUAGAGUCCAGAUGCAAGUUGUACAGCAACUUGAAAUACAACUUUCUAAAGAACGUGAGCGUCUUCAGGCGAUGAUGACCCACUUGCACAUGCGGCCCUCAGAGCCCAAGUCAUCUCCCAAACCACUCAACUUGGUGUCGAGUGUCACCAUGUCAAAGAACCUGCCCUCGACGUCGCCCCCGAACUUACCUCAGACCCCCACAACGCCUACAGCCCCCAUCACACCCAUGGCGGCCAUGCCCCAGGUGCCGUCAGUACUGGGAGGAGCCAACGUGCCCAGCAUGGGAGCCAUGCGCAGGCGCCACUCGGACAAAUACUCCAUGCCUUUGUCGUCGGGUGGUGACACAGUAUUUAUUUUUCCAGAGAUUGCCCCAAACUACGAGUUUUAUAAGAACGCAGAUGUCAGGCCACCAUUCACUUACGCAACCCUCAUAAGACAGGCUAUCAUGGACUCCGCCGACAUGCAGCUAACGCUUAACGAAAUCUACAGCUGGUUCACGCGCACGUUCGCGUAUUUCCGGCGCAACGCUGCAACUUGGAAGAACGCCGUUCGCCACAACCUGAGUCUUCACAAGUGCUUCGUGCGCGUCGAAAACGUGAAGGGGGCGGUGUGGACGGUGGACGAGGUGGAGUACCAGAAACGCAGGUCGCAGAAGAUCACAGGAAGUCCAUCUCUCGUGAAGAACCUUCCAUCCAGUCUUGGCUACGGAACGGCGCUAAACGCCAGCUUACAGGCUGCUCUGGCGGAGACCUCUCUGCCGUUGCUGGGGACCCCCGGCCUCAUGAGCAGCGCCGCGGGGCCAAUGGGCGGCAGCUGCCACGGCCUGCUUGGCGGUGACCCGUCCGGACCGACUGGCGGCAGCCCGCCCGGACUGUUGGGAGGGAGUCCGCCUGGUUUGUUGGGGAUCAGCCCGCCAGGAACGCUGAGCUGCAGCCCGCCGACCAUGUUGCAGUCUGCCCACGAGGAGCUCAAUGGCUCACUCGACCACCUGGACACCAACGGACACAGCAGUCCUGGAUAUUCCCCUCCAGUACACAUGCCACCUGUUCACGUGAAAGAGGAGCCGCUCAACAUGGAUGACGACGACUGUCCGAUGUCACUCGUGACGACGGCCAAUCACAGUCCGGAACUUGACGACGACCGGGAGCUGGAGGAAGGGAACCUAUCGGAAGACCUUGAGUGACUAGGAUACGAUUUUUGGUCAAUGUGUCCCACCAUUCUACCGCACUGUUUCUCUUACACAGACCUGCAAGGCUAGAAACCACUCCACCGUCCAAGAACCCACAGCUGACUCUCUUUCUCACCACUGGGACUAUUUAUUGAGCAUGUAUCUGGAUAGAGACCAGUCCAGAGGAACUCUUUGUUGCAGACCUUCUGGAUUCCCCAAACAUGACAGACAUGAGAUGUCUGUCAUCUGUUCUUGUAAAAAGAAUCACAAGACGAAAAAGAAACUCUCUAAGACCUGUUAUAUGUGGGGGGGUGGCGCGAACACAUACAGUGAAAGGAUGAUGGACGCAUGGAUGGGGGAGGAAACAUGAGACAAAUAAGCAAAUCAUGUUCUGUUGAAAGCUCGCGGCCUCCUAUACUGCCAAAAAAGGAAGACGUUUUACGUUUGUGAAUAACCCAACCCACAGUAGUUGUUAAUGUCUAGAGACAAUUGCUGGUUCAAUUCAAAUUGUUGCUCUGUUAUCAUUUGCACAGGAGUAGUCUCGGAAAAUUGUGUCACUGCCUGUAUGUUGCUACUAUUAUUAAAAUCAGCAUAUUAUUUUUUAGCUUUUUUUUUUCUUUCUUUCUUUCUUUUUACCAUUGUUAAUUUCCAGAUCUGAUUUAUAGACACCACCAACUGUAAAUGCCAUCCCUCGAAUCACAACUGCAGUACCAAGACUGUUUUCGCAACUGUUCAGAGAAAAAAACAAACAAACAAAAAGACAAAGAAAGAAAAAAAAAACAAGGGACAAAAAGUUGGCUUCCAGUCUGUUGUGUGUUUGUGAUUAAAAGUCUAAAAUGAAGUUGGAAAAAUAAUAACAGUUUGUGUAAAAAAAAAAAAAAAAAAAAAAAACGCCAUUUACAAAGCGAAUGCAUUUCUGCGAAACUUUCCUCUUGCUCUUCUUACCUCGGCGUUCUAAAGCUUUGUCUACCUGCAAACAGUGACAGGCAACAGCUAAAAACCAAAGCCAAACUCUAGCAAUGGCCAAUAGCUUACAGGCAGAAGCCACCAAACUCCUCUUUUUUGGCCUCACCUUCUGAGACUUUAAACUAGUUCAAAGAUAAGUUUUUUUUGUUUUAUUAUUAUUUAUUUAUUUUAGUUUUUCUGUCCACAAACUACCUUGGAAAAACCUCUGGGAUUGUUUCAUUUAGCCCUAUACAAAGAUGGUCAGUGCAGAAACGAGUGCUGAUUCUUCAUGUGUAAUUUGGGAACUCAUAAAAAAAUAAAAAUAAAAAAAAUGUCUACUCCGGUUACCUUCUGCCAGGCAUUCUGUCUGUGAAAUAACCAUAAAAGUGGACCAAGACCAAAAUAAAACAUUUGUGUAUUCAAUAGAAGUGCAAAAACAUCUUGAUGUUGUGAAGGUUAUGUUAAUUUUUUUUUCUUUAUUUUUGUUAUGCAUUACACAUUGAAACUCAUUGUUUUGUUUUGUAUACAAACCUGUUGGAGAUCAUUUUGUUUUAGGUGGAAGCGUCCGAACGCAUUCACGUCUUCACUUCUGUGGCGGUUUUUGUUCUGAGCUGCGUCAAAUCGAAAGAAAAAAAAAACUGAAAACACUACUAACCAAACAUGAAAACUAUCUAGUGAAGCCAAAUAAGUCAUAAUUUCAAGUUAAUAUGAAAUAAUGUGGCUUGGUUAGCAUGGGAAAGCAAACAGUGAUAGCCAUUGUGGAAGGGGAAAAUCUAAGGUGACCUUUUCUAGGUAAGAUUUGCUUUAACUUCAUCCAGCCCUCAUUAUGUGGCUUAUGGAUUUGAAACUUUACAGGUUUAUACACACAAGUGUAAUCUGGAUAGGUGGUUAGAUUUUAUUAUACAUUUUGUACUUCUAGAAGAAGAAGUACUUCCUGUUGUUUUCCUCCUGUAAGGCUGCAUUGAGCGCUGGUCAUUUCGCCCCUUCACCAUUUCGUACUUUUGCAGUUUCGGUCGUUUCGCAUCUGACUUUUUCAGGACUAAAAUCUGCCGGUGGACAUUUUGUGUCAACCAUACACCAAUUCGUAUCCACUUUGACAACUAAAAGUGAUUUUAUUUAAUUUGCUCGUAGUCUGUUGUAAGGAAGUGAGGUUAUUUGACACCAUGUUGUAUUUGGUUGCUGAUACAGCCACAAACAAUGGGAAAAGAAUGCAAUUGACUCAAAUUACAAGUGACACUUCUUAAACAUUUUAUGUCCACACUUGAUGGAAUUUACUGAACAAUAACUAAACUCAUCUAUCCAUAAACUUUGUUGCCACCAUGUUGGUAGACAGAAUUGCUUUAGGCAUGACAGGGAGGGGGUAUUUUUUCAUUAUUAUUAUCGUUAUUUUUAAAUAUCUCGCAAUGGUUAUUUCAAUUUUGGGAUAAAGGAUGCUCCAAUCAUAAAGACAGUUCAGCAAAGUCCACUUCUUACUACAUCCCAACAGUGAGGACAUGUGAAAGACCUCAAACAGAGAAGUUACUAUUUUUAUCCAAAUAGUAGUUUAGUUUCUAUUUGAUUGUCUGGAAGCCAUAGUUAUUGUGAUUGUCUAGUAUUGAGCUUGCCUAUCAAAAUGGCGGACCACGUCCGGUUCAGGCGUGCCAUAACUAUGUAUUGAAAAGGGGAGACAGGAGGGUUAGGAAUGACGAUGUGUCGGUACGAAAUGGUGAAGGGGAAAAGUGACCUCCCAAAGUGUUGUUGCUUUAAUGGUCAUUUCUGUUUUCAGUAAACCAAAGUUACACAAAAUUCUGCCUCCUCUUGAACGGGAUAAGCCGUAAAACUCACACCCAUGCCCUGUUCGAGUCUGGCACAAAGACAUACAGAGACCAGGUGGUCAGCUUUACCGUCCUUCACAUACGCAAUGGCUUUUUAAAAGAGCGACACGUUGAGCUUCGUUCUGAACCAAAAUCUGAACCGCACUGUGCGUCCGUUGCUUUUGAGUUGUCAGGCCAGAGCUUAAAACACACACACUGUACAAAAGCACUGCUUGUAGGCACAUCCUCAGGCGCCUGAGAGCCGGUGCCGCGUCAAGAGGCCAGGAGUCAGGACGCCGACUCCUUACGGAGGGAUAGAAAUGACGUUCUUAAUAAUCGUAUUCACACCAAAUAAAAAGGGCGCUUCGUCUUUCAUUUAAAAGGAAAAAAAAAAAAAAAAGGGUUCUCCCAUUUAACCCUGUUUACCCCUGCUCCCCCACCCAAAAAAGGCUUUCCAAAAGCUUCUACCUCUGCAGAACAACUUCAGAACAACCACAACAGAGUGCACGAGUUUCGAGAGCUGUCCCACUUUCCCCCACUGCUUGUCUUUCAUAGGACGUGGCUCAAAACCAACGUUUACAUUCCCUGCGUCAGGAUACAUGGAGGAGUCGCAUUGUGAUAGGUGGUCUGCAAACAUUUGUAGAAUGAUAAUGUAUAGAUUACCUGUAAGGGGAAUAUUGUGGGUUUUUUUUUUUAAAAAUGCAUGUCUAAAAAUCAUUUGGUGGACUGGAAACAAAAAGAAAUACAAUAAAACUCAUCGGGACGAUGGCCUACGUGUUGCAAUGCAUAGGAGUGCAUUACCUCAGAGGGAUAAAACCUGUCAGGCACAGAAUGCAUAUUACCUGUAGAUUUGCAUGGGUUUUGUACAAAUUAAGUAAAAUUUAAAAAAAAAAAAAAAAACAUGUCUAAAAUAGUUGCUUGCACAUAAUACCAGAAAGACCUCCAGAACUGCGAUCUGCUCCUCCACUAGAUUUUAGGAUUGUCUGGAUUUUCUGGGUUGAUUUUUGUCUGUAUUUUGAUAACUGUGCAUACUUAUGUAAAAAGGAAAAAAGAAAAAAAAAUCAUGUCGGUGGACCCAUGAAAUUUACCAGACUUUUUUCUAAGAGGGAAAAAACGAGAAAAAAAAAAGAAAGAGAGUUCUGUGUUUCUUUUCUGACUUACCUGAAUUUUUACUGUUUCUCUCUCAUUGCUCGCUAAGAAUAGCAAACCUGCUUUUUCUGCAUCUGCUUUGCGUAGCUGUAAGGCUUUAACCUAAUGUGUGUAUUUAUUGCUUGUACCUCUGUGCAUACUUUAUGAAGCAUUAUGUCUGGCAGUUGAGUCAUGUAUCCUUUCUACUGCUAUCCUUCUCUAAUAAUUGAGAAUAUGAUCCCCCCUAUGUAUACAGUAAAUUGGGACUGUAGCAAACAUAUGUUUAUGUAAUUGGUGAUUUUCUGUUCUUAUGCUCUUUUACUUUAAUCGAGAUUCAACAACCUUUUUUUUUUUUUUUUUUUUUUUUUUAUACUUCUCAUUCCUGUGUACUGUGUCCAUAUGUUAAAGGUUCUCUGACAUUAGAAGGUCAUGGUUGAGAAUUGUACCAGACAUUAUUUUCUGUAUUCAUGGCAUUUCACUGCUGAAUAAAAUAAAGGACCAAAA